GGGGGCUUCCAGAGACCUGGUGCACCAUGCUGGUGCAAAGCCCACAGAGAGGGAGGGGCUCACACCAAGGCGGCUGUGGGCCAGGCACAGUCAGCAGACCUGAGCUCAGAGCCUCUGACAAGCACUUGUGAGGCUUCCAAGAUAAAAUAUCCCAACACAGACAGAGCAAAACUCGCGACAGAUGCCAAAGCUGUCGCACCAUCUCCAGGCCAGAUGCCUUUGCCUUGAGUUGAGUCCAAAACGUGAACAAGUACAUUUCAGUCAAGUCUGAAUUACAGCACUGCCCCAAGACCCACCUGCUCCACCGGAUUUGUUAGUGCAGCAAGCCUCGUCCUCAUACUGCCUAAAGGGCAGGUUCCCCAACUCCACCCUCUGGCAGUCUUGACUUGUCGAGUCUACAGUGGGGCUCAGGAGUCCUGCACAAAUGUCCCUGCAGAUUCCUGGGGCAGGUGGUCCUGGAAACACCUGGAAGAAGGGCUCAGCUCCAGGGGAACAAGCAAGACCCUGCCCUUCUCCUGCUGUGGACAAGUCCCUUCCGUUGUAGGGCUGUCUCCCCACAGGGCCACUCUGCCAGGGUAAGGGGAUGGGGUGGCAAGCCCCACUUCUAGCAUGAUCAGUGGACACGAACUUCUGCCAGCCAGGCCUUACUUAGCAAGGUGGCUGGUUUCGCUCAGAGAAGGUGGGGCAGCCGCUGGCUACGGAGAGGGCAACGUUUGAACCAGGCCCUGAAGAACUGGUUUGGGGUCCGAAGGCGUCCCCAGGCGAGAGAACGCAGGCUACCAGACAAGACACGCAUGUGUUUGGGGGCUCCGGGCAGCACCAUUGCCUGGAGCUCGUGGGUCGGCGCCGGGCGACAGCGAAGCUUGAGCGUCGGAGUCUCGCUGGCCCUUUCCUUGCACCGAAGGGCAGUGAUGGCACGGGCGGCGUGCUCGGCGGGCAGGAGGUGCUUGUACACAGCGCCUCUUUGAUGAGCAGUGGGGCGAUACCAUCCAAGUCCCGUUUCACACUUCAGGGAGAUUAACCUGGGGGGGGGGACAGGUGGGAGAUGGAUGUUCGCAGCCUGGGAGAUGGAGGGUCUCCAGGUGGUGACACCGGGCAGCUGGAGAAGGGGCGUGGAAACAUCUAAAGGCACUCUCAGGAGGGCUGGGCAGUGUGAAAUGGGAUUCAUCCCAGCCCCGUGUGAUUCCUCAUCAGGGAGGAGGACGCCCACCAACACCUGCCACCCACCUGAGUGGUGCCAGCCCGAGAAGAUAAGGACAGGGUCCCUCGGGCUGGCGGGAGAGGCGCGUGGAAGUGGCACCUCCCGGUGCAGCAGGGAGCCGUGGAAGUGCUCGGUGCGGCGCAGAGCAGCUAACUUUGGGCGAGGACCCAGCCCCCGAGGACCCGCAGGCCUGGUAUGGGUAAUGGUGUGAAGGAAGGCUCGGUGGGUUUGCGUGAGGAUGCCAAGGCCGUGCUGUCCACGCCCGUCUCGUCAAAGGCUGACCACAGGCAAGUGCUCAGCUCCCUCCUGUCCGGGGCCCUGGCAGGCGCUCUUGCCAAGACAGCGGUAGCGCCCCUGGACCGAACCAAAAUCAUCUUCCAAGUGUCUUCAAAAAGAUUUUCUGCCAAGGAGGCCUUCCGGGUGCUCUACUACACCUACCUCAACGAGGGCUUCCUCAGCCUGUGGCGCGGGAACUCCGCCACCAUGGUGCGCGUGGUGCCCUACGCCGCCAUCCAGUUCAGCGCGCACGAGGAGUACAAGCGCGUCCUGGGCCGCUACUACGGCUUCCGCGGAGAAGCCCUGCCCCCGUGGCCUCGCCUUCUCGCCGGCGCGCUAGCCGGGACGACCGCCGCUUCGCUGACCUACCCCCUGGACCUGGUCAGGGCGAGAAUGGCCGUGACCCCAAAGGAAAUGUACAGCAACAUAUUUCAGGUCUUCAUCCGCAUCUCGCGAGAGGAGGGCCUGAAGACCCUCUACCACGGGUUUACGCCCACCAUGCUGGGGGUCAUUCCGUACGCCGGCCUGAGCUUCUUCACCUACGAGACGCUGAAGGGCCUGCACAGAGAGUACAGCGGCCGCCAGCAGCCCUACCCCUUCGAGCGCAUGAUCUUCGGCGCCUGCGCCGGCCUCAUCGGGCAGUCGGCCUCGUACCCGCUGGACGUGGUGCGGCGGCGCAUGCAGACGGCCGGCGUCACCGGCCACCCGCGCGCCUCCAUCGCGUGCACGCUGCGCACCAUCGUGCGGGAGGAGGGCGCGGUGCGCGGCCUCUACAAGGGCCUGAGCAUGAACUGGCUCAAGGGCCCCAUCGCCGUGGGCAUCAGCUUCACCACCUUCGACCUCAUGCAGAUCCUGCUGCGGCGCCUGCGGAGCUAGGGGCCCUGCGGCGGCGGCCGGCUGCUCUCGCGACGGGGACCCGCGACCCCUUCGGAUUUCUGAGCCCGCGGAGUGCGCUGUGCUCGGCUCCACCGCGGGAACCGCGUCAGGGGCUUUGUGGGACAAGCAGGCGGGCCAGGGGGCCGGGCUCGUAGCCCUUGAGUGUUGGGACGAUGGGCUCAGGGUCGCCGUGGCUGUCCUCUUCCUCCGCCCAGGUCUGCAGUGCCUCGGGAGGGGGGUGUCGCCCGGAGGCCCUGAGUCCGGAGCGGUCAGCCCGCCUCCUGGCCGUGUGCGUCCGCCAACGUGCUGCUGAUUCGAGUGUCCCUGUCCCCACGAGGCUCGGGGCCACACUCGCCCACCCCUUCUCGGUCUGACUGUGCCUGCGUGCCUGGCCUCCGGCCUGGGCGGGUGCCUGUCCCGGCGGCCGGACCCUGACCAGGGUGGGACAAGCCUCAUGCUCAGUUUGGCCACAGAUGCAGGGCUCCUUGCGCACUCAAGCCACCCUGCCUGUCCUGCCCUCCCGGAGGACAGGGACCCCUCCAACCCGAGAGCCUCCUGCUCAGAAACCGGCUUCUCCCGACAGCCCCUUCCUCGCCUCUGCCGUCAGCCUGGGGCCCCCAGCUGCCCACCCGGCGGUAACCUGCUCAGGAGGGUCACGCUUCCGCCUCACGGCAGGGUUUGAAGCACAGACCACGAGCCGGAACCACUUCAGGUGUGGGUCUGACCCGCGACCUGGCUAUAUCGGCUGACAUCAGAGCACCCGGCCGUGAAGCUCCUGCCGUCCCGGCUCCCCCACCUCAGCGGGCACUCAGCCGGGCACAGAGCAAUUGCAGGCCCACAAGGGUGUCUGAUCUCCGUGAACGGAGCACAGGUGGCUCGUGGCGUCGGCCCUCCCAGAGUGGGAGCCCGUGACAGUGGGUGGCCCGGCGUGGGCAGUGCGGGAGAGCAGAGGCACCCCGGGGAACCCCCCGGCUGGCUGGGCUCUCAGAGACGUCCCCAGGACUCCCAGGUACUGGGGACUCAGAAAUACCCAAUAAUGAUGUUUUGGGUUUCUCGGCUUUUUGUUUCGUCUUGUUCUUGAAAUUGGCCAACCCUGGGUUUAUUCACAUCAAACCCCUGACUGGUCCCAUCUGGUUCCCCGGCGACGGGGACCCCGAAGGUUGGUUUCCGUAGCUGACUCAGCCGCCACACUGUGUGCGUCCCCCCGCCCCCCCUUCCUGCCCUUCUGGCCAUGGCCCUGCGGGUGAGGACCCCUCUCUGGCCUCAUCCCCAGGGGCCCAGGCAGCCUGCGAUGGCCUGUCCUGUUGGGUGGGCAUCCGUUCCCCAGCACUAAGACUCGGCGGGAGGGGCCGGGGCACCCCUCACAGGGAGAUGGGGGGACCUGAGCCCCCCACCCCGGGAAGGUGAGGGCAGCAGGGGCUGGGGGUCCACCCCAGGCGGGUGAGACCAAACGGGGGGCUGGGGGGUGGCCUCCUCUGGGCCCCCGGCGAGGUGGGAGAGACGAGGGCUGGGAGGGCCCCAGUGUGCUUCCCCGAGGUGGCUCCUGGCUGGGUGGGCCGUGGCCGUGCCGUGCCCCAGCCCUGCACAUGGCCCGGCCGCUGGGGGCACCCGCCUCCCUGCUGAUCGCUGGUCCUGGUCUGGAGUUAUAUUUUCAUGCCAUGAAGACACUUUGUUUAUAUAUAAUGUUUAUAUAUUUUAAAGAUUUGUGCCAAGAGAGUAUAUUUAAUAAAAAUCGAAAUGAA